UCCUGCCCCUGCGCUCCAGGUCUGCAAUGGCAGCGGCCGCCGGCACUGCGUUCCUUCUGUGCCUCUCCUUUCUGCACCUGCUGUCUGGCUGGUCCAGGGCAGGGCGGGCCGACACACACUGUCUUUGCUAUGACUUCAUCAUCACUCCUAAGUUCAGACCUGAACCACAAUGGUGUGAAGUUCAAGGCCUGGUGGAUGAAAGGCCUUUUCUUCACUAUGACUGUGUUAACCACAAGGCCAAAGCCUUUGCUUCUCUGGGGAAGAAAGUCAAUGUCACAAAAACCUGGGAAAAACAAACUGAAACACUAGGAGACGUGGUGGAUUUCCUCAAAGGGCAACUGCCUGACAUUCAAGUGGAGAAUUUAAUGCCCAUUGAGCCCCUCAUUCUGCAGGCCCGGAUGUCUUGUGAGCACGAAGCCCAUGGACACGGCAGAGGAUCUUGGCAGUUCCUCUUCAAUGGACAGACGUUCCUCCUCUUUGACUCAAACAACAGAAAGUGGACAGCGCUUCAACCUGGAGCCAAGAAGAUGAAAGAGAAGUGGGAGAAGAACAUGGAGGUGACCACGUUCUUCCAGAAGAUUUCAAUGGGGGAUUGUAAGACAUGGCUUGAAGAAUUUUUGAUGUACUGGGAACAAAUGCUGGAUCCAACAAAACCACCCACUGUGGCCCAAGGCACAACCCACCCCAAAGCCAUGGCCACCACCCUCAUUCCCUGGAGCCUCCUCCUCAUCAUCCUCCUCUGCUUCAUUCUAGCUGGCAGCUGAGGAGAGUUGUUUAGAUUGACAGGUGGAAGAUGAUAUUAAGAAGCCUCUGUUAGCCUGUUCUGGUUCCUGCUCUCCCUUCAGGGAGGUCGCCUGUCUACUCACCACUGUGCCUUUCUGGAAAGCAGGAGUGCAAGCCUUAGCAAGCCCACAGGCCCCCAGGAGAUGAUGAGGACGUUGUAGACUCAGCAUCUCAUGCCACUCAUUACCUUUGCUGAUGAUCCUAGCAGCCAUUUUUCUUAACGUCUUCUGCCACUUUCUCUCAGUGCUAAUGGAUGGAAUUCCUGCACAAGUUUUAACUGAACAAGAAAUCCCAGCAAAACGCAUUUUCUUUCUACUUCUUUGAUUGUGGAAAAGCAGACACUUCUCUGAAGCAUGACCUUAUUCUUCCAAACAGUAUCGCUAGUAAAAUAGCAUGCUGGACUUUAGACCUCAGGGAUCCUUUCCAUGCAGUGACCAAAAAUUGUGAUAAUCCUUUUUAUUUUUAUGGCUUCUUACAGUUUCUCAUUCUGUCAACCAUAUUGGAGUGAAGUAGUGUCAUAUGCAUCACUCACUGUAAUCUCCAUCUCCUGGGCUCAAGUGAUCCUCUAGACUCAGCCUCUAGAAUAGACUACAGGCACACGCC